AUGACGGCCGCCACGGAAAAUAAGGAGCGCUCCAACCCCGAGCAUGAGGAGUACCAGUACCUCGACCUGAUCGAGCGCAUCAUCGCCACAGGCCAAGCCCGCCCCGACCGCACGGGAACGGGCACGCUUGCACUCUUUGCGCCGCCCUCCCUCCGCUUCGACUUGACCAAGGGCUUCCCCCUCCUGACGACCAAGCGCGUCUUCUGGCGCGGCGUAGUCGAGGAGCUCCUGUGGUUCGUUGCGGGUUGUACAGACGCCCGAGUCCUCCAGGAACGCGGCGUGCACAUCUGGGACGGGAAUGGGAGCCGCGAGUUCCUCGAUCGCGUGGGUCUCGGACACCGGCGUGAGGGCGACCUUGGGCCAGUGUAUGGCUUCCAGUGGCGCCACUUUGGGGCAGAGUAUGGGACGUGUGAGGACGAUUAUGCGGGCAAGGGAGUCGACCAGCUCGCGGAGGUGGUAAGGAAGAUCAAGGAGAACCCGACGGACAGGCGGAUCAUCAUGAGCGCGUGGAACCCCAGUGACCUCCCCGUCAUGGCUCUUCCUCCAUGCCACAUGUUCUGCCAGUUCUACGUCACGCUCCCAGAGAGCCCCGACGCACGCCCCAAGCUCUCCUGCCUCAUGUACCAGCGCAGCUGUGACGUCGGCCUCGGUGUCCCCUUCAACAUUGCAUCGUAUGCGCUGCUCACGCACAUGAUUGCGUUUGUUACGGGUUGCGACGCGCACGAGUUCAUCCUCCAGAUGGGCGACGCGCAUGUGUACCGGGAUCAUGUUGAGCCACUCAAGACCCAGCUUGAGCGCGAGCCGCGGCCAUUCCCAACGCUCAAGAUUGCGCGUACCCUCGGCGAGAUCAAGGACAUUGACGGGUUCCGCGCAGACGACUUUGUCGUCGAGGGGUACAAGCCCAUGGGCAAGAUUGAGAUGAAGAUGUCGGCGUAA